UCUUCUGCCCCAAGCUGAGCUGCAAAAAGCCAAAGGAACAUUAGGGGCCUCCGUAAAUAUUUGGCCAACAUAUGAAUGAGUAAAGGCAAGGGAAGGGGUGUGUUUUGAAAGUCCAUCCCAACCUCCCAACUGACCACACCUAAGCUGUCACUCCUGGAUAAAAACUCUCCCUCCUCCCAGGACUGUGAAGGGAAGAGCAGGCACCUGGUUGUGCUGGCCUCAUCUGGGCAGGUGGCAACAGCAGAAUCAUGCCCAGGUACACUGUGCAUGUGCGUGGGGAGUGGCUGGCAGUGCCCUGCAGGGACGGGCAGCUCACGGUGGGCUGGCUGGGCCGCGAGGCGGUGCGUCGCUACAUGAAGAACAAGCCUGACAAUGGGGGCUUCCCCUCCGUGGACGUCGUGCACUUCCUUGUGCGUAGGUGCAAGGGCUUGGGCCUGCUGGACAACGAGGACCUGCUGGAGGUGGCUCUGGAGGACAAUGAGUUCGUCGAAGUGGUCAUAGAAGGCGAUGCCAUGUCCCCUGAUUUUAUUCCCUCUCAACCAGAAGGAGUUUACCUAUACAGCAAAUACCGGGAGCCUGAAAAGUACAUUGCCUUGGAUGGGGACAGUCUGAGCACAGAGGACCUGGUCAACUUGGGAAAGGGACAUUACAAAAUAAAGCUCACUUCAAUUGCUGAGAAGAGGGUACAAAAAUCCAGGGAAGUCAUAGACAGCAUAAUAAAAGAAAAAACAGUUGUUUACGGUAUUACUACAGGUUUUGGGAAAUUUGCCAGAACUGUAAUUCCUGUUAGUAAGUUACAGGAGCUUCAGGUCAACUUAGUUCGUUCCCAUUCUUCAGGUGUUGGGAAACCACUUAGUCCUGAGAGGUGUCGGAUGCUCUUGGCUUUAAGGAUCAACGUCUUAGCCAAAGGAUACAGUGGCAUUUCCUUGGAGACCCUCAAGCAAGUUAUUGAAGUAUUUAAUGCCUCCUGCCUGCCUUACGUUCCAGAAAAAGGAACCGUUGGUGCCAGUGGAGACCUUGCACCUCUCUCUCAUCUUGCUCUUGGGCUAAUUGGAGAAGGGAAGAUGUGGUCUCCAAAGAGUGGAUGGGCUGAUGCUAAAUAUGUCCUGGAAGCCCACGGGUUGAAACCAGUUGUUUUGAAACCAAAAGAGGGCCUGGCGCUCAUCAAUGGGACACAGAUGAUCACCUCCCUAGGCUGUGAAGCUGUGGAGAGAGCCAGUGCUAUUGCCCGGCAGGCUGACAUCGUGGCAGCUCUGACGCUUGAGGUGCUGAAGGGCACCACCAAAGCUUUCGAUACCGACAUUCACACUGUUCGCCCUCAUCGUGGACAAAUUGAAGUUGCUUUUAGGUUUCAGUCACUCUUGGACUCAGAUCACCAUCCGUCAGAAAUUGCAGAAAGUCACAGGUUCUGCGACCGUGUGCAGGAUGCAUACACCUUGCGCUGCUGUCCACAGGUCCACGGUGUGGUGAAUGACACAAUAGCAUUUGUAAAGAACAUCAUUACCACAGAAUUGAACAGUGCAACAGACAAUCCUAUGGUCUUUGCCAGCAGGGGAGAGACAAUUUCUGGAGGAAACUUCCAUGGUGAAUACCCCGCCAAAGCCCUGGACUAUUUGGCCAUUGGUGUUCAUGAGCUUGCUGCGAUUAGUGAAAGAAGAAUUGAAAGGCUUUGUAAUCCCUCCCUCAGUGAGCUGCCUGCCUUCCUGGUGUCAGAAGGUGGUCUGAACUCUGGCUUCAUGAUAGCCCACUGCACAGCUGCAGCCCUUGUUUCUGAGAACAAGGCUCUGUGCCAUCCCUCGUCUGUAGACUCUCUCUCCACCAGUGCUGCCACAGAGGACCAUGUCUCCAUGGGAGGCUGGGCAGCCAGGAAAGCCCUCAGGGUCAUCGAGCAUGUGGAACAAGUGCUAGCCAUCGAGCUUCUUGCAGCCUGCCAGGGCAUAGAGUUUCUACGGCCCCUGAAAACAACCACUCCACUGGAGAAGGUCUAUGACCUGGUGCGCUCUGUUGUAAGGCCCUGGAUAAAAGAUCGCUUUAUGGCCCCGGACAUCGAAGCGGCGCACAGACUGCUCCUUGAGCAGAAGGUUUGGGAAGUAGCUGUACCAUACAUUGAAAAAUACAGGAUAGAGCAUAUUCCAGAAUCAAGACCUGUUUCUCCAACAGCCUUUUCACUAGAAUCUCUUCGCAAGAAUUCUAUCAAAAUCCCAGAGUCUGAAGAUCUUUAAUGGGCUUUGUCAUGGAUUAGCAGAUCAAAUGUCAUUAAGCUGAAGGAGAGCCCUGG